UAUAGUCUUUGAGGUGGACGGCGACGAGUGAGGGCCCGUCCCCGCCUCCUCCUCGGGGACGUCAGUAGCCUCGUGUGUGUCGUCGUGGUGGUAAUACUUCAGUCGACUUCUCUCAUCAUAUUCUUGGUUUCUUCACAUUAUGGCAGAGUCAUCAGUAAUCACGUACAAUGAGGCGACGUUCACAGUAACCCCUGCCAUUAAAGCUGCUUAUGACACCAAUGGCUACAUACUCUUGAGACAGGUACUCAACCCAGCGGAAGUUCAGAAGAUGCGUAAAGCCCUGGAGAGUCCACAGAUGCAAGAGAACGCCUAUGUGACAGCUUCCGGAGACAGCAGGGAGACUCGCAUGAUCUUGUGGUUUUAUGCCAAGGACGACGUGACUGGUGUGCUAGCCAGCCUGCACAAGAUUGCUGGUACUAUGGAGGAACUGAUGGGAGGCGAUGAGGUAUACCACUUCAGCAGUAAGGUGUUGAUGAAGGGACCUAAGACUGGCGGGUCAUUCACUUGGCACCAAGACUAUGGUUACUUCUACAACUGGGGUUACCUGUACCCAGACUCUGGCUCAGUCUUCAUCGCUGUAGACGACUGUACCGAGGAGAACGGCUGCCUCCAGGUGCUGCGUGGAUCACACCGCAUGGGACGUAUCGACCACAAAGUCCAGGGAAAGCAACUGGAGGUUGACCCAGAGAGAGUAGAGGCUGCUAAGGCACGGCUGGAUCAAAUAUCCAUGGAGAUGAAGGCUGGAGAUGUGCUGUACUUCCCCAGCACCCUGAUCCACUGCUCUGGCCCAAACACCUCAGACCAGCGACGAUGGUCUUAUGUCAUAGCCUACAAUCAGCGCCACAACAAGUCCUACAUGACCCCUGAACACCCUCGCUACACACCCCACCCUGACUACACCCCUCUGCCCAAGUUACCCAACACGGCCCUGCUGGAGUGUGAGAACUACAACACAGAGGGCAAGUGGUUCCUCAAGGCCGAGGAGGACCGUGCAAGGGAUUAGUCAAACAUGUAUUGUAACCCAAGACUUAGUCACAACAACUACACCUGGAGUUAGUCAAGAAUGAACAGUGCGGAGGUUUACCAUUAUUAUCGUGCUUGAGAUUAGUUAUCGCCCCCAUCACUGAUUAGCUUUACCUCUACUACGCUUUGGAUUAGUGGUUAUUAAUUACUGUAGUGGUUGUCAUAAAUUAGUAAUCCUCCAUCACUUGUGGUUAUGGUUUAGUAAUGUAGUGUAGUUGUGUGUGAAAGAAUUAUACAUGUCCUGUUGACUUAGAAUAAUUCCAUACAUAUUUUCAAGGCUAAGUUACUUGUAAAUUUCUAUACAAUUUUUUUAUGGAUUUGCUAAAGUAAUUAAACAUUAAUUUCAAAUUCCAAGAGAAAAGGUCAAACCAAUCUGACCUUGAUUUUGUUCAGAUUCUUACUAUAGGUCCUACGUGACACUGAUAAUGAUCCUGAGGUGCAAGAGUUCACAUAUGGAGGAGAGGCUAUGGUGGGCCAAGAAUGACAUGCAGAGAGGUUAUAAGAAAUAACAUCAGAGAUUAAGAACAUAACAUGAGAGGCUGGAUCAAAUAACAUACAAGUAAGUAUAGACAGUUACAGUAUACAGUACACCCACAUCUGCACAAACUUGUAUACUUUACACUGGAUAAUAAUACAAAACGAAUCAUGUCACACACAUAUAUUACACCUUCACUGUACAAAUAACACUUGCAACACUAUAUCAUUUCCACACUCUUGAGGUUAGUUAGCCAAGCUGCCAUAGCUUUUAACAAUUUACCUACUAUGUAUUAAAUAUAUGAAAUGCAUUACAAUGAUGAAACUUUAUGAAAAUUAUUAAACAUUUGCUUCCAUGUAA